AUGGCACAAUUUAAGCAAGAAGAUGUGAAUUUUGCAUAGGAUUUAAGAAAUUAAACAUUGCUUAAGCUGCAAAAGCUCAUAAUGUGGUUCAGCAAUGUUAUAUUUAUUUAAGAAGAAUAAAAAACUUAUGUAUAUUUGAAAGUAACAUAACCCUAUAAAGUAGAAUUACAGAUCAGAAUGUAGAUUGUAUUUAUUUAAAAAUAAGGUAUUAAAUUAAAUUUGAGCAUUACUGAAUAUGUGUAAAUUUGAUGAUUCUAUUUUAGUGGAUUAAGAAAUGUGUUUUUGUAGAUUAAAAUGAGAGAAACUACAGAUAAUUAACAUUAGGUAUCCUUAUUUAAUGAAGAUUAAGAUGAAGAGAAUGUUCUUUAAGCAAUGGAAGAAAUUAACUUAUCAGACUUAAAAUAUUUAGAUGAUACUGCUUAUAUGUUAAGUGAAGCAUUAGUUAUUACUUUCUUAAAUAACUGGAAUGAAUUCUUCUAAAUUGUAUUUGGAUUUAAUUAAUAAUUAACUAUUGUUUUACUAACUAUUCCUUAUGUAGUUGCAGUGUUUAUUCUUAUGAUUUAUAGUGAUAGAUUUUGAUAGCAUCAUCUUCUGAUUAACUACAGUCAUAUUUAUAAUCACUCAUUUUUGCUUAUUGCUUAUCUAUUUCGAAGUAAUUCUGUGUUUAUUUUCUUUAGUUUGCCUGUUGAGAUUCAGAAUUACCAUUACUUUCACUAGGUAUAUAUUAUUGUUUUUGCAUUUACCAUUUAUAUCCUAUUGAUUCCAUUAGAAUUUAAAUUUUAGAUAUUGUAAUAGGAUUGUUAGUAGUAAUAAAAAAUACUGAUUUAGGUUUAUUUUCAAUAAUAAUAUGAAUUUAGUUACGUCUACCAAUCUUAUAUUUUUGUUGGAGUUAGUUAGCAUUAAUUUUGUGAUUAACAUAAGUCUUGA